ACAACCGUCAGAGUGGUCAGCGCUGGCGAAACCAUAGGGCGAAACCCGGGUAAAUUAACCAAACCGCUGAAAAAACAAAAGAUGGCGUCUCGGAAACAGAGGCGUGGUAGUACACGCGAAGAUACCGUCUUUAUUUGGCUUUAAUGCACCAGCAGUUGCAAGAAUGUGACAGUCCCAGUGCUGACAAGUAAGCGAAACAAGGCAGGUUUCCCUGGAAUCUGCUUAGACUGGCUGCUUUGUAUAAACCAGCAAGACACCCCUGCACCUGCUCCCACCCCCCUGCUGAAGCCCCUCCCACUGCGUCCUCUGGAGGCGUGUCCUUCCUGAGCUCCGCCCCCUCGUGCUCCUGCUGUUCUGUUUCAUACGUCCACCUGCAUCAGGCCCUCCUGAGGAGUCAUGACGGACACGGUCAUGGGCCAUAAUUCAGGCCGGUGGGUUCAGAAUGACAGACAGAUGGGAGUGAUUGACAGUAACAAGGACCAGGGUGGCUGGGCGGCAGAGCCUGGGGCGGGGCCUGAGCUGACGGACGAGGAGAAGGAGAUCAUCAACAGCGUGAUCGCCCGCGCGGAGAAGAUGGAGGCCAUGGAGCAGGAGAGAAUAGGCCGCCUGGUGAACCGGCUGGAUGACAUUAAGAAGACGGUGUGUGGGGACGGGGUGUCCCGCUGCCUGCUGUGUGGGGAGCAGCUGGGGGUCCCGGGGGUCAGCUCGGUGGUUUGUGAGGACUGCAAGAAGAACAUGUGCACCAGGUGUGGGGUGCAGAAUCACUGCCGCCCCAGAACCAUGUGGCUCUGCAAGAUCUGCAGCGAGCAGAGAGAGGUGUGGAAGCGUUCUGGCGCCUGGUUCUUUAAGGGUCUACCCAAGCAGUUCCUGCCCUCACCGAUGCCCGUCUCCAAACACAGGGACCCCAGCCCGCAAAAGGCACCCGUCCCAUCCGAGACCCCCACCAGCGCCCCCAGUGGUGUGGAGAACCAGCCCCCCAGCGUGCAACAGCCAACGGCAGGGUCCUCUGGACGAGGGGGGGCUCGGCCUCCUGUGGCCCCGAAGCCCUCUGAGUCGUGGGCGACGCCCAGCGAGGAAGGCGACGCCCAGGCCAGUUCUGUGGUGAUGAAGAAGGCCGUCCCACUCCAGAGCUCCAGACCCCCCACUGCUGCGCCCCCCGCCGCAGCCCAGCAGGCUCAGCCUGAGGCGGAGAGAGGCUACUCCAGCAUGGCCCAGAGGGAGGAGAGAGCGCCCCCUGCUGUACGGGAGGAGAGACGGCAGCCUGCGGCCUACAACCCACCCCCUGCGCGCCACCAGGCCCCGCCUCCAGAGGAGGAUGACGAGGCCAACAGCUACGACUCGGACGAAGCCACCACACUGGGCUCGAUGGAGUUCAGCCUGCUGUACGACCAGGACAACAGCAGCUUGCAGUGCUGCAUACUGAGAGCCAAGGGUCUGAAGCCCAUGGACUCCAACGGCCUGGCCGACCCUUACGUCAAGCUGCAUCUUCUGCCUGGAGCCAGCAAGUCCACUAAGCUUCGCACCAAGACGCUGCGCAACACCCGCAACCCGGCCUGGAACGAGACGCUGGUCUACCACGGCCUGACCGAGGACGACAUGCAGCGCAAGACCCUCAGGCUGUCUGUGUGUGACGAGGAUAAGUUCGGACACAACGAGUUCAUCGGAGAGACUCGCGUUGCGCUGAAGAAGCUGAAGAUAAACCAGAAGAAGAACUUCAACGUGUGUCUGGAGAGGGUGGUCCCGAUGAAGCGGGCGGGGACUGCAGGAGCGGCGCGAGGUAUAUCACUCUACGAAGAGGAGCCAGGGAAGGAGGGCGAGGAGGUGGAGGAGAGGGGGCGGAUCCUGAUCUCUCUCAUGUACAGCACCCAGCAGGGCCGGCUCAUCGUGGGCGUCGUCCGCUGCGUUCACCUGGCCGCCAUGGACUCCAACGGCUACUCCGACCCCUUCGUCAAAAUCUGUCUGAAACCAGACAUGGGGAAGAAAGCCAAGAACAAGACUCAGAUAAAGAAGAAGACCCUGAACCCUGAGUUUAAUGAGGAAUUCGGCUAUGACAUCAAACACAGCGAGCUGGCCAAGAAGACCCUGGAUGUCUCAGUGUGGGAUUACGACAUCGGCAAGUGCAACGACUACAUCGGCGGCUGCCAGCUGGGCAUCACGGCCAAGGGGGAGCGGCUGAAGCACUGGUACGAGUGCCUGAAGAACAAAGACAAGAAGAUCGAGCGCUGGCACACCUUGCUGAACGAGAACCACGUCUCCAGUGACUGAGCGGCCCGCUGCAUGCCCCGCCCCCUCUGCCCCGCCCUGCCCGCAGCCCCGCCCACAAUGUGAUGCUUUCAUUUCUCGUCUUCCAGCAAGCUAGCCACUGCUUCACCCCCCCCCAACCCGCCCCGUUACCUGCCUCUCCUGUCCUGGCCCCACCCCUAUUAUUAUCCCCCCACCCCCAACAUCACCACGCCCUCUUUCUGGACACGCCCCUCCCAUCGACUGUUAAAAAAAGAGGGACGGGGUCACACCCCUCACAGGGAUCUGUGUGGGACACCCCUCCCGGGGAUCAGUGUGGGACACCCCUCCUGGGGAUCAGUGUGGGACACCCCGAUUCUCGGACGCCUAAAGAGCAUGACCACACUGCCCCUGCAGUCGCCAGGAAACGUGGGAGAACCCGCGUGGGAUGCGGAGGUUCCGGGUUCCCUGUGUAUGGCGAGGAGGGACCGGUACCCCAAACGUGCCCCGCCCCCUUCUCUCAUAACACACCGAACAGAGCAAAAUACCAAGGAGAACCCACACCUUUGACUUGAUUAUGACUUUUAAUAUUAAUGAUAAUGUACUACAACGGCCAGUUCAAAAACAGCAUCCAGCGCUGCUGACAGAUGAGUGAGCUUCUGUAGCAAACUGCUCUUCACUCAGCUCUACAGCUGUCCUCUGCUGAGGCUCCUGGUGGAGCUGUGUGAUGCGGGACUCUGUUCAUUUAUAGCUGGGGAACUGGGCUUUUGAUUGGAACGUUGUUUAAUGGAAUCCUGGAUGGGGUAAAGCUGCUGUAGGCUUCAGAGAGGUAGCUGAAUUGAAACUGAACAUUAAUGGUGAAUGGUCAGUUGUAUACGGUAAUAGUAUGAUGGCAUUUAUAGGCUGUGUAUAUCACCCUGGACAUGAUGCACCGCUAAAUUCAGAUUGGUUCUUACUUUAUGAUGAAUUGAAGAAAUAUGAAACUCUUGAUGUGCAGUUUCUGAAUUAAUUCUUGAAGUUAUUGAGAUAGUUCCAAUUAGAGAAAUACAAGAGAUGGUCUAGAUUAUUGGCUGUUGACCGAUUUUGGGUGUUGACUUAUUUAUUGAUUCUUAAAGAUUUAUCGUACUUGUUUUGUGUGUUUGGGGCGGUGGGAGGCGUUUUUGAAGGAAAGCAAAAGUGGUUGGAUUCUGCAAACGGACAUCAUUAGAAGUCUAAAUCGUAAGCUGAUGACUGCUCCUGCGAUGUCCGGUGUUUCAGAAGAGGAGGAACGUUCACCGAGCUCCUCAGCGUUCCGGGACGCCGAGCUGAGCAUGCUGUGGAUUCUCACAGUCAGCCGUCCUGCCUCAGCUUAGCUAGGCCCAAGCCUGCCUCCACAGGCUGCUCCUGGCUCUGCAUGCCUAUCGUCUGAGCCCCCUCCCUGUUUGCCCAAAGAGCAGUGCAUUAUGGGCCUGUGGUGCCCCCGCCCACCCCCCCCCCCAAACCCCCACCCCCUCACCUCCCUGCCCCCCCCCCAAACCCCUCGCUGCUCCCUCUCCAAAGCUGCAGCUUGUGGCUGUAGAAACUCACCGCAAAUCCAGGAAAGCACACCACAUGCAAUGGAAUGACCUCAGACUUUGUAUUGAAAUUCGCUAGUUUUCCAAACCCCUAUGCAUGCGGCAUCUCGUGGCUCAUGAUGUAAAGGGUCUUCCCCUCCCCCCACCCCCCCCCCCCCUCUUAUUUUGGGUUUGUAUGAUUUAUCCUGUCCCCUUUAAGCUCUCUCUCUCUUCGAUGUUGGCUUCUCUGUAUUCUGUAUUUUUAAAAUUGCGUGCGCUGGUUUUGUCCCUGCUCCCCCCCCCCACCCCCACCCCACCCCGGGGCACUGGUGGCGUCCCAUCAAAGGAGCUCUUUCACAACGUUCUUUAACACGGUGACAAAGCUGGGGGCAGAUGGUUCUAAAUAACCUCAAUCUAAAUACGCACUGCAGUGUGAGAACAAGAACUAUCAGACAGGUUUCAGUCAUGCAUUUAUUACAUUUGUUCUUAUAAUCUCAGGCUUUCUUCCAAAAAAAAAACCAAAACUAAACACCCUGCUGAGCUUUAUUGAUAUGUAUUUCACCGUACAGUGCAGUAUAUGGCACAAUAUAUACAUCAGUGCCUGAAAACAUUAGUUAUUCCCAUAUGGAGAUAGUUAUAAAAUAUAUACCAAAUUUUCUCCUUUGUCAUUUCAUCGCUGUGUGCAUUAAGCUGACACCGAAAGCAAUUUCUGAAUGGAAGCCAUUUGCAGCUCAUUUUAAAGGCCAGAAGUGAUUAGCCAAGGCUGCUAAGCUAAGGAAGUUUUAAACUGGCUCUGUCCAUUUCCAUGGUAACAUGGCAUGUUACCAUGGCACCAUGCCACCAGGGCAGCACACGCAGGUGCACUGCAUUCUGGGAACGGAUUCCGUCACCAGUGCCCCUCCUCCCUCUGCCUCCCUUCUACCUGACGCUAGACAAUCGGUCUCUCUUCUCAUGACGAUUUGUCUGUUUUUUUCCCCCCUUUUCUGCUCAGUAUGGAAUGAAUCACAGAUUUUAUUUAUCUAUGUAAAUAGGUAGCGCAUGCACUGGGGAAGAAGAAGAAGAAGAAAGUUAUGUUUGCUGUUUAAUGUGCAUGUAUACAUUUUACAUCUGGUUUCCACAGACCAAUAAAAGCUUACGGAACAAUGA